AUGGGCAUCUCGCCGACGCCCGUAGAGGACCCUUCGCUUCUCUCUUCUCCGCCUACCAAAUUCGCCUCCGCUUCCAAGCUUAGAAGCGGCGUCGUCUACCGAAAGCCCCAAUUCCUCACCCAUCGAUGUCUCUGCGCCCCAAAUCCCCAACCUCGCCCACUCCGUCUCGCCGCGUCCGCCGCUGGACCCCCGGAUGAGGAGGAGGCCGAGGAAGCCCCGGUCCAGGAACUUAGGGUCCCCGAAGCUUGGUUGACCCCUUCGAACGCUUUACAGGAAUCAGAAUGGCUUAGAGUAACUCUUCACAAGUGGCUGGACGACGAGUAUUGUCCCGAAGCUGCUAAUGCAGAGAUCAGCAAGGUUGCUGCACGCUCAUACUAUGAGUCCUUGAUGGAGCAGCAGUCAGACCUGGGCGAAAUAUUGCUGAAGAUGGCAAAGGAUUUGGAGAUGGUAUCAUUCCAGGAAAGCUUCCAUGGAGCCUUCUCAUCCGCUAAUGCUGCCAUACACUUAGUAACUCUGCGGAUGAACUCGAUGGCAGGGCGGUAG